AGCCCGCUUACUGUCCGUUGAUAUUUUAUUGAUAUAUAUAUAUAUAUAUUUUUUUUUUCCUGGUAUUAGUUACAUUGGAUGUAGAAUGCACAGUACCUACUGACUUACAGUUUUUAUAUUCAUCCAUUCACCCCAGUGACUCCAAUACUUAGAAAGCCGAAGAAGAGUACCUGACCCUUCUGCAUUAAGAUUGGAAUCUCCUGAAACUAGCGAUGGCAAUGCCUGUGAAUGUUCCACAUGUUGGGGAGAAUUUAGAAGCUGCCAUGAAAAGUCAAAUUGUUCCUGAUCAGGAGUUUUUGCUCCAAGGUUCAGUGCUUGAUACAUCCCUUGGGGUAGUAAUUGAUCGUCUCCGAGGGUUGUGUGACAAUGCUGAUAUUCUUCCAGAAACUUUUCAUGAUCAUGAAGUAGUUUUUGUCCUGAAGGAUUUCAGUGCCAUGUCAACCCCUGGGCCAGCAUCGCAAGGAGUGAUGCUGAGGGUUCGUCGGGCCAUGGACUACCCUGAUCUUCCUUAUCAGCUCCGAUAUGUGGGCUACCCUGAACUAGGGAAUUAUCCAGCACUCUUACGGAAUUGCUUGGACAUUCCUGUCAGCAAUAAUGUGUGUGAAUUCUUGACAGAAUUAGGAGCAAAGCUUGAUCAUGAGUUUAUUGCAAAAGGAUUCAUAAUGAAAAAGGGCAGAAUAAAAGUGACUGUCUUUAAAAUGUAUAAGAUGGGGAUUGGUAUGGCUAAGGACAACCUUGAGCAGAUGACUAUGUCUCACAUGGUAGAAUUGAGUGUUUUAACAACAAAAACAGACAUGUCUGUUGCUGAAGAUCUUCGUGCCUUGGCUGAUCAACUGAAGCCCCUUGUUCAACUUGAAAGGAUUGAUUAUCGCCGCCUUGGACCAUGAUUGAAUAUUACACUGUGUUGAAGUAUCAAAUUUUUAAAAUUAUUUCCAUGCUAAGCAGUAUUUUUUGUAUAAUUGUGCAUUAUUUUUUUUACAACUUCAUGUGGUCCAGUACUGCAGGAGGGGAAGGUUAGAAGUGAGGAAUUCAUGACUUUUCUCAGGCCCAGAAAUACCUUACUAGUUUUAUGACAGGACUCUAGCUGUAUAGUGCCCAGUAAAACUAGAAAAGCAUUUGUGUUUAGUUAAAUGAUGCAUUGAAUGGGUUAAGAUUCUAUGUAUGUGUGUCUUAUUUUCAUUGAUGUUAUCUCCUACAACAGAGUGUAUUUGAAAUCUAUAAACUAAGGCAUGGCAAUGCAGUGGUCUACAGGCUUGAAUCAUGAGCAAGAGGUUCAGAAUUUGAAUAAUUAUCAAAAUGAGUUUUACUUUGUUUCCUUUUAUAUUGUAGCUCUAUUUAAUUUAGAAGAGAAAAGGCAGGGAGUAUGACCUUGAUGUGUGGAAUGAACAGAGAAUCAAUAACUACUCUCCUGUAUAUAAGUGAUCCUGCAGGAGUAGAAAGUUACUAAUACAAGUACAACUAUUCUGUAUGUGUGUGUGUGUGUGUGUGUGUGUGUGUGUGUGUGU